AUGCUGGCCCACAUAACCGACAUGCGACGCCCGGGUGACUCGCAGAACUUUUCCCUUCCAGCAUAUCCAGACGGCGAAGUGGUAUAUCACACAGAUGUGGGGGAUAUUGUGUCCCUCUUCGCUUUAAGUGAACCCUCAAAUGGCGGUAAAAGUCUGCUUGCGAGCUCGUGGACCGUGUACAAUGCUCUGGCGGAGACCCGCCCCGAUCUGAUCCGCGUAUUAGCGGAGGACUGGCCGAUACCUAGUGCACAAGACCCCAGUCUGAUCAUUCACCGGCCGCUUCUGUUCUACCUACCAGCUUGCGGUACAGCCCCAGAACGAGUGAUCUUGCAGUUCUCUCGACGAUCAUUUUCUGGAUUUGGUUCUCGGACCCAGGCGAAUACGCUAAGUGUCAUCCAAGCGGAGGCACUAGACGCUCUCCACUUUCUUGCAGAAAGGUUCCAUGUAGCCAUGAAGCUGGAGAGGGGCGAUAUUCAGUUCGUCAAUAACCUCAGCAUGAUACAUGCUCGUAACAGCUAUGUUGAUAGUCCAGACAAUCGCCGUCACCUGCUGCGUCUGUGGCCUCGUGAUCCUCAAAACUCGUAG